UGCAAAUGUGAAUGCUGUGUUGAUUGUGAUGUUAAGCAGCAAAAAAAGUCAGCUCAAACAAAAUAAUAAUCAAUUGGCAUCACUACGAAAUGCCUCUUCAGAUUUGGCGUCAACGACGACGAUUUCAGUUUCACCAUUCUGUUCCUCAAGUGUUUGUGAUAUAAGAAGACAGAGAUGGGGGCGAAGAUGUCGAAUGCAAGUUUAGUCCGACGGAAUUCAACCAACCAUGUAUCUUCUCCUCAUAAUACUGAUACAGAUGCUGAAACCACUCCUUUUUCUAGGAGAUAUGGAAGAAUCGCUGACAAUUACCGAUCUAUCGAUCAGGUUACGCAAUCGCUAGCUGAAUCCGGUCUAGAAUCCUCAAAUCUGAUCGUAGGCAUUGACUUCACCAAAAGCAAUGAAUGGACGGGGAGAGAUUCCUUCGACGGAAGGUGCCUUCAUCACUUGAGCGAUGGGUUGAAUCCGUACCAGCACGCCAUCUCCAUCAUUGGAAGGACGCUCUCGCAGCUCGAUGAGGAUAAUCUCAUUCCGUGUUUUGGCUUUGGCGAUGUGAGUACCCAUGAUCGGGACGUGUUCAGCUUCUAUGCGGACAGCAGGCCCUGUGAUGGCUUCGAGGAGGCACUCUCUCGUUAUAGAGAGAUCGUUCCACAUGUUCGGCUAUCAGGACCUACAUCGUUUGCCCCAAUAAUCGAGACUGCUAUGGGGAUAGUUGAUCGAAAUGGUGGCCAAUAUCAUGUUCUUCUGAUCAUAGCUGAUGGCCAAGUCACAAGAAACAUAGACACAGAAGCUGGACAGCUAAGUCCUCAGGAGCAAAACACAGUUAAUGCAAUAGUGAGAGCAAGCGAGUACCCGUUGUCCAUUAUUGUGGUUGGAGUUGGAGACGGGCCGUGGGAUACCAUGCACAAAUUUGAUGACAAUAUCCCAGCCAGAGCCUUUGACAAUAUACAGUUUGUCAAUUUCACAGAAAUCAUGUCAAGAAAUAUCCCUCUACCGGAGAAGGAAACUGAGUUUGCCUUGGCUGCAUUGAUGGAAAUUCCUUUACAAUACAGAGCAACAAUGGAACUCCAACUCUUGGGCAACCAGAGAGGGCACAGCACAACUCUCCCGUUGCCACCUCCAUCGCGCAGCUUGAGGUCGAACAGUCAUCUAACCUUCACUCGUUCAAGCAGCUAUAGCGAAACCUUCUCAACUACCCAUCCAUCUCCUGUUUCCACUUCAAGCUCUUUAAAUGAAAGGAGGUGCCCUGUUUGUUUCUACAGAAGACGAAAUCUUGCACUUGGAUGCGGACAUCAGGUGUGCCAUGACUGUGGCGAAGAGCUGAGCUGGUGUCCGAUUUGUCGGACAGAGAUAACAACCAGAUUAAGGCUUUAUAAUUAAACUCAUAAAGCCAAUGUUAAAACCAAGAUAUGAUAGUCUGUGUGAUUCAAUAGUGAUAUGAAUGUGUAUAUGAAACAAUAGAUACUGAAUUAUUCCUAAUUUUACCUCAAUUUAAAGAACAUUUGCAGAUGAGCAAACAAUACCCUGUAAUCACCAUGUCUGUUAGUUUUUUCUUGUUCUUCGAGGAGAGCUGAUUUCGUUUGCCAUCAAAAUGUUCGCUUUUGGAAA